AUGGAGUCUUCACACAAUGGAGUGGACAAUUCAAAAGAGUGGAUUGACGUGUUAGGGAAUGGGCUGCUAAAGAAGAAGAUUCUAAAAUGUGGCAAUGCGCAGCUCGAGAGGCCGGGAAAUGGGCAGAACGUGAAGAUCUGGGUGAAGAUAAUGCAAGAAAACGGAGAUGUCAUACUGGGCCGACAGAAGCUUUCGUUCACUAUAAAUGGCAGGGAUGUCAUUAAGGCCCUGGAGAUCUGUGUGCCCCUUAUGUGCAUACAUGAAACAGCUCUGAUUCUCACUGACUCCAAGUUCUGUUCUGGAAGAUCAUCCAGUGAAGCGUCAGAAGUAAAACCAGGGAGCAGAGUCCUCCUCGAGGUUGAGCUCUUGUCAGUCAGUGGAACUCGUCUGGAGGUUAAGCCAAAAGCGGAACAGUUGCAAAUGAUUAGGGAUGAGCGGGAGAAAGGCAACCGAUACUUCCAGAGUAAGAACUAUAAGUUGGCGAUCCUCUGCUACACCAGUGCUUUGACAAUCAUAGAUGCAAACACCAAAGAUGUCCUCAACCAUGAAGAUGAGAGAAGUCUUCUUGAUGAAAAAGUGAAAUGCUACAGUAAUAUUGCAGCCUGCCACCUGAACACGGGACGCCUGGAGGAGGCUUUUACCUGCUGUGAUAUUGUCUUGCAGCACCAGCCUCAGCACUGCAAGGCCUUGUUCAGGAAGGGCAAGGUACUUGAGCUGCAAGAGAAGUAUUUUCUCUCAAUCAAAUUUCUCAGAAAAGCUUCACAAGUGGAGCCUUCAAACCAGGAAAUUGAGAGGGAAAUGAAACUUGUAUUUGACAAGUGGGCAGAAAAAUCAGAAGGUACCAGCAAUGCUAAAACAGUGAAUGAAUGCUCGCUGUUCUUGGUUGAUGACAGCAAGGUUAAACAAACAAAGCAUCAUUCAGAAAUGCCAGAAGAAUGCCAAAGGAUUUAA